AGUCAGUAGACAUGGAGGAUGGGAAGCCUGAUCUGUUGCUGAUUAAAGAGGAGACAAUAGAAGAUGGACCAGAGAGCGUUAAUCUGCUAAGUGGACUAAAGAUAGGGGAUAAGGUCUUUGGCUGGAGGCCAAUAGUGGAGACUGGGUGGCCAACUUGGAUUCCCAGACAAGACUCUGGGGAUGACAUCACUGGGCAGGCCAGGACCAUAGGCGACAUAGUGGAGGUCAAUGGAUGGGACAGCAUCCUCAACUCUGAGCUGUGGAACAAUACUGUUAACCAGAAACAGACUGUCAAACACAAAACAACAUCCAAUCUUAGUCUCCAUGACAGCAAACUGUCUGAGACCAGGCCCGAGGCGUAGAUUUGGUCUGCGGGGACAGGGAGGUGUCCAUAUGUGGUGGGAGAGAACAGACAGACUCGGCUAGCGAUGCUUCGUCCUGCUCUUAUAGUUGUGAUUGAGAGAAACGGAUGGUGCCGAAGGUUACCAACCUAACAGGUUCUGCCUUCUAAAGGAUCUAUCAAUUGGAACAUGGACCCUGCGACAACACAUACACUCCCUGGCCUUCAUCCUCCUCACACUCUCGUAAUGUUAAACCAGUCCUCAGACAAUGCCAGUGCAUCAAUACCAAAUGGCUACACAAGCCCAUUGACAAAUGAGAGUAGUCGAGAAGGCAUCAGUAAAGGUGGCAGCGCCUAAGAGAUGCGCUUCCCGUGUUCAUUCUGUGAGAGGUCCUUCAGUUUCCCUAUAGAAGUGGAGAUCCACCAGAGGAUGCACAUGGUGGAGAAAUUGUUCAGCUGCCAUCUGUGCCGGGCCAGUUUCUCCCACUCGUUCAACCUAAAGAGGCACCAGAGGGUCCACACAGGGGAGAAACCCUACAGCUGCCCCCAGUGCGAGAAGAGGUUCUCCCGUCAGUACCAGCUGAAUGUGCACCUGAAGAUCCACACGGGAGAGACUGUACACACUGUGGGAAGAGGUUCUCAGAGAGGAGCUACCUCAGGAUACACCAGCAGAAAAACCAUUCCACUCUAACAUAGAAUGUAACCAUUCUACUCAAUAGCUUCUGAUGUUUAGAUCAAACCCUGAGAGUAACAGAUUUCAGUGUUGAAUAUUGCAUACAGACAUUUUUUGAUAUACACGGUAUAAGGCACAUACAGUGCCUUCAGAAAGUAGUCAUACCCCUUGACUAGUUCCACAUUUUGCUGAAUACAGCCUGAAUUCAAAAUGUAUUAAAUAUUUUUAAUACAGAAUCUCAAAUCUCACCCACAAAAUACCUCAUAAUGACAACAUGAACAUGUUUUUAGAAAUGUUUGCAAAUGUAUUAAAUUAAAUACACUGCUCAAAAAAAUCAAGGGAACACUAAAAUAACACAUCCUAGAUCUGACUGAAUGAAAUAUUCUCAUUAAAUACUUUUCUUUACAUAGUUGAAUGUGCUGACAACAAAAUCACAUACAAAUUAUCAAUGGAAAUCAAAUUUAUCAACCCAUGGAGGUCUGGAUUUGGAGUCACACUCAAAAUUAAAUUGGAAAACCACACUACAGGCUGAUCCAACUUUGAUGUAAUGUCCUUAAAACAAGUCAAAAUGAGGCUCAGUAGUGUGUGGCCUCCACGUGCCUGUAUGACUUCCCUACAAUGCCUGGGCAUGCUCCUGAUGAGGUGGCGGAUGGUCUCCUGAGGGAUCUCCUCCCAGACCUGGACUAAAGCAUCCGCCAACUCCUGGACAGUCUGUGGUGCAACGUGGCGUUGGUGGAUGGAGCGAGACAUGAUGUCCCAGAUGUGCUCAAUUGGAUUCAGGUCUGGGGAACGGGCGGGCCAGUCCAUAGCAUCAAUGCCUUCCUCUUGCAGGAACUGCUGACACACUCCAGCCACAUGAGGUCUAGCAUUGUCUUGCAUUAGGAGGAAUCCAGGGCCAACCGCAACAGCAUAUGGUCUCACAAGGGGUCUGAGGAUCUCAUCUCGGUACCUCAUGGCAGUCAGGCUACCUCUGGCGAGCACAUGGAGGGUUGAAGAAAUGCCACCCCACAUCAUGACUGACCCACCGCCAAACCGGUCAUGCUGGAGGAUGUUGCAGGCAGCAGAACGUUCUCCACGGCGUCUCCAGACUCUGUCACGUCUGUCACAUGUGCUCAGUGUGAACCCGCUUUCAUCUGUGAAGAGCACAGGGCGCCAGUGGCGAAUUUGCCAAUCUUGGUGUUCUCUGGCAAAUGCCAAACGUCCUACACGGUGUUGGGCUGUAAGCACAACCCCCAUUUUGCAGGGCUCUGGCAGUGCUCCUCCUGCUCCUCCUUGCACAAAUGCGGAGGUAGCGGUGCUGCUGCUGGCUUGUUGCCCUCCUACGGCCUCCUCCACGUCUCUUGAUGUACUGGCCUGUCUCCUGGUAGCGCCUCCAUGCUCUGGACACUACGCUGACAGACACAGCUAACCUUGCCACAGCUCGCAUUGAUGUACCAUCCUGGAUGAGCUGCACUACCUGAGCCACUUGUGUGGGUUGUGGACUCCGUCUCAUGCUACCACUAGAGUGAAAGCACCGCCAGCAUUCAAAAGUGACCAAAACAUCAGCCAGGAAGCACAGGAACUGAGAAGUGGUCUGUGGUCCCCACCUGCAGAACCACUCCUUUAUUGGGGGUGUCUUGCUAAUUGCCUAUAAUUUCCACCUGUUGUCUAUUCCAUUUGCACAACAGUAUGUGAAAUUUGUCAAUCAGUGUUGCUUCCUAAGUGGACAGUUUGAUUUCACAGAAGUGUGAUUGAACUGGAGUUACAUUGUGUUGUUUAAGUGUUCCCUUUAUUUUUUUGAGCAGUGUAUAUAACUAUCAAAUUUACACUCGAGUCAAUACAUGUUAGAAUCACCUUUGGCAGCAAUUACAACUGUGAAUCUUUCUGGGUAUGUCUUUAAGAGCUUGACACACCUAGACUGUACAAUAUUUACACAUUCUUUUUUAAAUUCUUCAAGCUCUAUCAAGUUGGUUGUUGAUCAUUGCUAGACAGCCAUUUUCAAGUCUUGCCAUAGAUGUUCAAGCCUAUUUUAGUAAAACUAUCUAGGCCACUCAGGAACAUUCAAUGUCAUCUUGGUAAGCAACUCCAUUAUAAAUUAUGUUUGUAUAUUUGGCCUUGUUUUAGGUUAUUGUCCUGCUGUUUGUUGGAAAGCAGACAGCCAGGUUUUUCCUCUCGGAUUUUACCUGUGCUUAGCUUUAUUCCGUUAAUUUUUUGUGAUCCCUAGUCCUUGCCCAUGACAAGCAUAUCCAUAUCACAAUGCGGCCACCACCAUGCUUGAAAAUAUGAAGAGUGGGACUCAAUGAUGUGUUGUGUUAGAUAUGCCCCAAACAUAACGCUUUGUAUUCAGGACAAAGUUGUUAGCAGUUUUACUUUGGUGCCUUAUUCCAAACAUUUGUAUUCUGUACAGGCUUCCUUCUUUUCACUCUGUCAUUUAGGUUAGUAUUGUGGAGUAACUACAAUGUUGUUGAUCCACCCUCAGUUAUUCCUCUUCCAGCCAUUAAACUCAGUAACUGUUUUAAGUCACCAUUGGCCUCACGGUGAAAUCCCUGGGUGGUUUCCUUCCUCUCCGGCAACUGAGUUAGGAAGGACGCAUGUAUUUUUGUAAAAUAUAUAUAUAUAUAUAAACCUAAUUCCAUUUUGACAAUAUGGGGUAUUGUGUGUGUAUUAAUUAAAACACAAAUUAUGGAAAAAAGUCAAGGGGUGUGAAUACUUUCUGAAGGCACUGUAUUUGUUGGGUGGUUAUGCAAUACUGUUUUGAAAACGAAAUGUGCAAUUCACUCUCCGACCUGUGUCAGGCGGCAAUACACAACAACACGUCUAGUCUGCCGUAAAACCACGCGAAGAAAAAUAAGUAAACGGAAGUGAACAGUGACCAAGAACGCCUUAGCGAUUUUAUAGUUCUUAUUUCGACAUUUAUUAACUUAAAGACAAAUUAAAUUUCAUAGCAAAGCAUACUUACAGGCAGUCUUUAAUUCGCGUUAGAGACAGGACUUGGUUGAUAUGUGUUAUUUAGGUAACGCUAACUAGCUGCUAAGGUUAUCUAACAAUGGCUAACUGUAAUGGCAACGUUAUGGUUUUUCACACGCAAAUAGCCUCCAUCAUGGAGGUGUUAGCGAAUGCAGCCGUGGCAGAGAUCUGUAAACUCGUAGACGACGACUAUGCAGUGUGUCGUUUGGAAAUAACUCAAAGCCAGAAAGAAAACAGGGGAUUGCGAAGGAAACUACAGCUACUGGAACUGAAGGUGGCACGGGAGCGCGCAGAGAGGACAAUGCGAGAGCGCGUCCUCGGCAGUCGUCCCAGAAGUGUCAAGAUCCUCGACCGAUACAGAGGAAUGACAAGAGGUGAAGGACAUCUCACUGAAGGCCACAGGAGCUUUGUGAAGCCAGCAGGACACAGCACAUGGAGAGAUGACCAACCAAUCACUGUUGAUGAGGGGAGUGGAACCUCAACCCAGCACAUUAUCGUGAUAGAGUCUGCAGCUGCAGAGGCUGCAGGUUCUGGAGUCAAGCAGGAGAGGACUGAAGGAGAGAAGGACCCACGGCACAGCAGAGACAUCCAGACUGGAGAGUCUGGUGCGCCCCCUGUAGCCACGGAGAACCCCACCACUGCCCCAGCACAGCCCAGGACCCGACACAGCAUCACGGAGGAGGAGGAGGGACCAGAGGUGCUGCUGGUGAAGGAGGAGGGUCUGGGGAACACUGAGGGGACCAUGGUCAUGGAGGACAACCAGACUACACCUCCUCCUGAACCCACAGAAGAACCAGCUGAGCAGCACAGGACCACACACAGUCUUCCUGAGUCAGUAGACAUGGAGGAUGGGAAGCCUGAUCUCCUGCUGGUCAAAGAGGAGACAAUAGAGGAUGGACCAGAGAGCAUUGACCUGCUGAGUGGACUAAAGAUGGGGGAGCAAGGUGGUUGGCUGGAGACUGAUAGUGGAGACUGGGCGGCCAUCUUGGAUUACCAGACGGGUGCAGCCAAGGGCCCAGGGGAUGACAUCACAGAGCAGGCCAGGACCAAAGGCGACAUAGUUGAGUCUGCAGUCCAUGAGGACCUGCUGAUAUCCGGUGUUGCUGGCUGGAAAUACUGGCCCCGGAUCAGAACCCUGGAUCAGGAGCCAUCGCUCUUCCUUCCCGAGUCGGAGCCAGGACCCAACCUAGAGGGGCAGAGACGCCACCAACACACAGAACACAACCAGUGGACAGAAGGACUGAACAACCUCAGUCCUGGUGGUCAUCAGAGAGACAGAGGCUCCAGUCAGGGAUCCAGUCUGCAGCCCAGACCCUUCUCUUCACAGUCUCAGUGCAGGGAUGAAGCAGGACCUGAGGCUGAUAGAGAUAGACCCUCCUGUUCCUAUGAAACAAACACCACAGUAUCCAUGAUGAACAGAGCAGGUCACCCUGGGCUUCAGCCUUCACAGAGAGUGAUGGGAGACCCCCCUGGUGGUAGUCUAACAGGAAGUCUGUCUUCUCCUUCAGGUUCUCGUCUAAUGCCUUGUGACUGGGCUCAUAGAAGGCCUGGGACUGGACCUGGGUCUAGCCUUCCUCAGCUACCUCAGGGUUACCCCACCAAUACAGACAGGGUCAGGAUGGGUGUUCACCACAAGAGGUACCUAGCCUAUAACACAGAACACAAUCCCAACAACACUCAAACAAUGGCUAAAGGUCAAGGAGGGAGCUCAAAGACUAACCACCUGAGGGCGGUGGCUCCUGCUUCUGCCUCGUCUGGUGUCAUUGGGUCACAACGUAAGAGGCCAAGCAAUAGGACGGACGCCGACAAGCUGUUCUCCUGCUCCACGUGUGGGAAGCGCUUCGCUGAGGCGAGCUAUGUGAAGGAGCACCAGACCGUUCACACCAAGGAGAGGCCCUUCAAGUGCAAACUAUGUUAUAAGAGCUUCUCCUUCCGGAGUAGCCUUAUCAGACAUAGGAGUGUCCACAAUGGGGAGAAAUCAUAGCAGUGUGUCUUCAGAUGUACGCAGGGGAUGUCUGGAAACCAUUCUUUAGCUGACAUAUUAUAGUUAUCAUGUGAAGUGUCCUGGAGUAAGAGCAGUGGUGUUCUGGAGGGUGUACGCAGGUGGCCGUAUACCCACUUAUUUUUCAGUGGGCAAUGAGUAUAGUCGCUUCUUAAUCCCCACGAUGCCUAUCAAAGUAGUACAGUGGAGGUAGAGACUGUGUCAAUAAAGCUGAUGGAGCAGAUCUAGAAUGUUUAUCUUACAAUGUUGAUCAUUUAUUAUUUAUUCACAUCUUCGCAAUGUGCACACGGUGGUAGGCCUACGGGCAAAUGAUCCAAAAUGCAAUUUGUGGCGGGAAAAAAACUUGGCUACUUCAAAAUGGAGAUCGACUCAGUGGCGCUGCCCAUGCUGCCACAGACGCCAUAAUGGCACGGAUACAAUGAUGAGGCCUCUUUCCAUCUCUAAGUUUUGGCCUGACUGUGAAAGACCAAUAUGGAUUCUAUAAUUUUAGGUCAUUCAGAGUGUAUGUCACUGUUUCACAUUAAAACAAUUACACAGGGCGCCUUCGCAUUCGGGAAUUUUUUUUUUUCACCACUUCACCACUGGGUAAGAAGACAAUUAACCACUCAUUAGCCCUUUGUUAACUUGUCAUUUGAAACAGGAUUGUGUAAAUACCUGUUUUUAUAGAGACAGUAAACCAAGGCUAGAACAAGGACAGUUGAAUACUUACCUUGCUGAGGUGAUGUAGAUGGAAUAAAGUCAUUAUUUUGUAUUUUAUUCUUGCUAACACUGUUCUUUCUAAACAAGUCUGCUCUCAGCUUGAAAGAUACUGAUCAUAGGAGUUUUUGGGGCUCUAUUUUUUGCCUGGCGAUAUGGCAGGGCAAGCUCACGUUAGUUCAAAUUUGACUAUGUUAAAAACUGACACUGGCGUUUUCCGCCACAUGCGCCAGGUUCAGCAAUUUUUGUCUAAUCUCAGCUCACUAGCUCUAAGGUGGGAGGGGUGGUAAUAUUUAAGGUGUGUCGUUGAAAACAAGUGCAAAAGUCACAAUUUCAUGCAGCGCAUAUCAAGACAUUUAAAACCAAGGAAAAGCAGGUCAUAGUUGUAACUGGCAUGGAUUUUGUGAGCGGAAGUGCAACCUGUCCAGCUGUGACGCAAAUUGCCCUUCUACUAAUGGAGCAAGUGAAGAUAUGUGCUUUUUGUGCUGGUAACCCUUGUAUUAAUAAACAAGGCUGUUUUUUUUGUCCUGCCCAUUGGGUUUGCCAAGUAGCCAAGCCUAUCAAUAAAGGGUUUUGCUCGUGAGACUGCUUAGAAAUACAGUGCCCUCUGUUAUUUGUGGGACAGUGACAGAUUUUUUUGUUGUUUUGGCUCUGUACUCUAGCAUUUUGGGAUUUGAAAUUAUACAAUGACUAUGAGGUUAAAGAGCAGACUGUCAGCUCUAAUUUGAGGGUAUUUUCAUCCAUAUUGAGUGAACAGUUUAGCACUUUUUGUACAUCGUCCCCCCCAUUUUAGGGGCCGAAAAUUAUUGGGACAAAUUCACUUAUGUGUAUUAAAGUGGUCAAAAGUUUUGUAUUUGGUCCCAUAUUCCUUGCAAGCAAUGAUCACACCAAGCUUGUGACUACAAAUUUGUUGGAUGCAUUUUCUGUUUGUUUUGGUUGUGUCAGAUGAUUUUGUGCCCAAUAGAAAUAAACGGUGAAUAAUG